AUGUCAGAUGGGGAAGAUUUCAGUAAAAGUUGUAAUUUAAUGGAUCACAUGAAGAUCCACACUGGCGAAAGGCCGUACCUGUGCAACACCUGCGACAAAACCUUUACUACAUUAUCAAAUCUUAAACGGCACAUAUACACGCACACGGGCGAGAAGCCCUACAUCUGCAAAACAUGUGGAAAAAGUUACAGGCAACGUUCCCACCUGGUGGGUCACUCGAGGACCCACACCGGCGAAAAGCCAUACCUGUGCAACACCUGCGGAAAAUCGUUUGGACACGCAUCACUUCUUAAAAAUCACAUAUACACGCACACGGGCGAGAAGCCCUACAUCUGCAAAACAUGUGGAAAAAGUUACAGGCUACGUUCCACCCUGGUGGUUCACUCGAGGACCCACACUGGUGAAAGGCCGUACCUGUGCAACACCUGCGGAAAAACCUUUACUGAAUCAUCAGCCCUUAAACGCCACAUAAUCACGCACACGGGUGAGAAGCCCUACAUCUGCAAAACAUGUGGAAAAAGUUACAGGCAACGUUCCCACCUGGUGGAUCACUCGAGGACCCACACCGGCGAAAAGCCAUACCUGUGCAACACUUGCAGCAAAACCUUUACUAAAUCAUCACAUCUUAAAAGCCACAUAUACACGCACACGGGCGAGAAGCCCUACAUCUGCAAAACAUGUGGAAAAAGUUACACAGAACGUUCAACCCUGGUGAUUCACUCGAGGAUCCACACGGGCGAAAGGCCGUACCUGUGCAACACCUGCAGCAAAACCUUUACUCAAUUAUCAACUCUUAAACAUCACAUAACCACGCACAUGGACGAGAAGCCGUAUUUGUGCAAGAAGUGCAAAAAAGGUUUUAGCCGCAGAAUUGAUUUGCUGAGUCACAUGAAAAUUCACCCGGAGGAGAAGUCUGGUGACUCGUGACAAAUGAAGCUCAUGUGGGAGUGAGGGGGGCAGGGUAACGGCCCCUUUUGGGCGGGGGAGAAGGUUCGUCCCUCAAGACUCCUCUCCCUGGCCCUCCCCCU